AUGGCCGAAGCACGGAUUGUGAAGUUGAGCAGCGCAGAGGGCGAGGUCUUCCCCGUCGACCGGGACGUUGCCCGCCUCUCCGGCACCGUCAACACGCUUCUCCAAGAUCUCGGCUUCGACGAGCAGGAAAACGAAGCCCAGGAACCCAUCCCCCUCGCUAACGUUAAUGCCACCAUCCUCAAGAAGGUGAUUGCCUGGUGCCAGUACCACAAGGACGACCCGCCGCAGGGCGAGGAUUCGGACACCCGCGAGAAGCGCACUGAUGACAUUCCGUCAUGGGAUGUCGAAUUCCUCAAGGUCGACCAGGGCACGCUUUUCGAGCUGAUUCUGGCUGCCAACUACCUCGACAUCAAGGGUUUGUUGGACGUGACGUGCAAGACGGUGGCGAACAUGAUCCGCGGCAAAUCCGUCGAGGACAUCCGUCGCACCUUCAACAUCCGCAACGACUUCACCCCCGAGGAGGAGGAGCAGAUCAAGAAGGAGAACGCCUGGUGCGAGGAC